UCUGCCCUCUUUAACUUCCAGUCUCUUCUCCUCGUCUUGCUCCUCAUCAUCUGCACAAGUACCUAUGCACACUCAAUGAUGCCUGGAAUUAUGGAUCGAAAUCAGAAUGGGUUCUUUGGGAUAUUUUGGAAGUGUGCGCGGAUCGGCGAACGCCUGAGCCCGUAUGUCAGUAUAUGUUGCGUUUUGAUGGCUGUGAGUUUACCUUACAAGUGUGGCAGGGAAGCUGCGAUUAUUUCUCUUAUGAAUCCUGACUAA